AUGUUCGUUAGGCAUCGAGGCGGAGCACCAAACUACCAGCCCAAGCCGUUGAUCGCCAAGCAUCAUUUUGACCCCGUAAAAGCUUGGAAGAGACGGCAUGGCAUUAGUACGAAGGAGCUGCCAAUAGCCAUGAAGAAUCUUGAACUCGAGGAUCAAUCCACCGUUCAGCAUCCGAAGGUUCAUGUUUACUUUGCCGGUACAGGAGGUACUGCCUCCAAGUUGGCAGAGCGUCUCAAGAAGUUCCUAAAAGCCAACUCCGGAGCUGUUAUUGGCGAGUAUGGCUGCCUCAACUCAUUUGACGCAACCAAGAUUCACAUGAACGACACAUUCCUCUCGAUCAAGAAGCUUGACACAGGAGAAUUCCCGGAGGGAGUGAAGUAUUCAAUCUUUGGUCUUGGUGACGAUGCUUAUCGUUCGACUUUCAACGGCGCCGCAGAAAUCAUCGAUGAAAUUUACCAUGAGAAGUUGGUCGCACCUUUACUGAAUCAUAAGCUCAUUGAAAGCGACGUUUCUGUCGAGAAUCCUCCUUUGAAGGUUUUCAGGCAAUGGAAGGAGAGCAUCAUCAGUGUGAUCGAUGGCAAAGGAGAGGUUGUGAAUAACGGUGCCGAUUCCCUCCUCUCAGUCAAUCCAUACCUUCGUCAUCGCGAUCUUUUAAAGACUUUCAGCGAGGGAGCUAUCACGUUUGAGCCCAUGGACGACAUUGUUGGUGGAAUCUUGAAGUUGACAAUUGAGAUCACUGAAAAUGAUUGUCAAGACAUGGGACAUAUUCGCAUCCUUCCGCGCAACUCUACCGAGAAUGUUCAGAAAGUCAUGGAGAUAUUGAAUCUCCCAACACUCGAUGCAGUCAUCGACCUACGUAGGUAUGAAGGACAAAUUCCGAAUGACGACAAAUGGAUGGGAAUUGUCUCAACUCAAGCAUUUCUAAGCGACUAUGUCGAUCUCUGUGAACCUUUCACCACACUUAAGUGGGCUGGCGGUUUUCCUGAAGUGGAAAAUAUUUCUGUACUUCAGGUCUUGUCAGCAUUCUCUGAGCAACUUCAUGGUCCUAGUGUCAGCGCCGAGCUUCGUCAUCGAAUCCUUCUCUCCAUGCCAACACUUCGGCCUCGCAUCUACUCCCUCGCCUCUUCGAAUUUGGAAGGCACUUCAAUCAAUCGUAUUGGUGGUAAUAAUCAGGCUGAAAUCUUAGUUCGUGUUCUUCCUGAAGGACGAUUCAGUUCAACUUGCAUCUCUUCCCUCCGUCCUGGUGACAAGAUUUCCUACAAAUUGGCACCCAACACUCUCGUCUUGCCCCUACUCCCCUCGCCCUAUCUCGAUCCCGUUGGAUUCAAACCGACACAUGUAAUCCUAAUUGGUACUGGAACUGGCUUGGCACCGAUCCUCUCUUUUCUCUCUCGUCGCCUGACACAACUCAUCGCUUCAGGUUCGAACUUUGAUGAGAACUCAUCCAUAACCCUCUUUGCAGGUUUCCGUUCGCCUACUAUUGACAAACCAGAUGUCCCAGACGAUAGAAAACUCUUUGAGCCCACUUUUCGACGUUUCUCUUCUUAUGGUCUCUUCUCUGAAUUGUAUUACACUCCUAGCAACGAGGCAAAGAUUCGCGUGCAAGACACUUUCGAAACAGAUGACGUGAAGCAUAUGUUGCUGUUGAGGAUUAUAAAGCAAAAGGCAUGGAUCUUCGUUUGUGGUGGAGCAGAGAUGGUGAAGGGUGUCAAGGAUAAAUUGGGAGAGGUACUUGGUGAGAAGGCUUUGGAACAGGUUUCGGAAGAGGGUAGAUUGUUGUGUGAGGUCUUCUAG